UGGGAGGCUCCCAACGCUCUUCUGGCUGGUGUUCCCAGGGGCCUUGGCCUGGGGAGGAUGGUGCACACAUGGGUGGCUGCUUCUGCAUCCCCAGGGAGCGGAGUCUGUCUUGGGACCCAGGUAAAGGAGGGCCUUCCAAGGAUCCAACCGUAUCAAGUGAGUGCAAAUCCUCAUCUGAAUACAAGGAAAAAUGCUUCCUGCCACAGAAUACGACUGCAGAUCUGACGCUGUCCUUCUGCGUGAAGAGCCGCUGCAGGAGGAGUGCAUACGCGACCCUGCAGGAAGCCGCGCGGAGGCGGCUCUGGGAGCUGGAGAGCGAGGACCAGGACGCGCGCGCGCUGUUCAAGGAUCUCUCUGCAAGGUUGGUGAGUAUCCAGUCCCAGAGGGCCCAGUUCCUGAUCACUUUCAAGACCGUGGAGGAAAUCUGGAGGUUCUCCACCUACCUAAAUUUAGGCUAUGUGUCCACGUGUCUGGAGUACCUCCUCUUUGACCACAAGUACUGGCUCAACUGCAGAUUGGUGGAGGACACAGAGAUCCAAGUGUCUGUGGAUGACAAUCACCUGGAAACCAUAUACUUGGGCCUCCUAAUACAGGAAGGUCACUUCUUCUGCAGAGCCCUGUGCUCUGUGGUUCCAUCAGCUGAGAAAGAAGGGGAGUGUUUGACACUUUGCAAGAACGAAUUAAUCUCCGUGAAGCUCUGGGAAGGCGAAUCUGAGUGGGAAGGCAUGUCCUUAGUGACGGGUCAGCGAGGCCUGGUGCCUGUGUCAGCCCUGGAGCCUCUGCCUGUUCCUUUCCAUCAAUGGUUCCUGAAGAAUUAUCCAGGAAGCUGUGACCUUUCCAGGAAGAAGGAUUGGACAGGCUCUUAUCAGAUUGGCAGAGGAAGAUGCAAGGCUGUGAAGGAUUACCAACAGAAGGAAAAGGGAGAAUUGAACUUCCUCCAAGGAGAGAGCUUCGAGAUCAUUGGCUUCGUCAUACCUGGGCUUCAGUGGUUCAUUGGGAAGUCAGUGAGCUCGGGAGAAGUGGGCUUUGUCCCCACUAGGAGCAUAGACCCUGAUUCUUAUUCCCCGAUGAGUAAGAACUCUGCUUUUUUCAGUGAUGAGGAAAGAUGCUCUCUCUGGACCCUGGGGAGUGAUGGGAAGGCUGAGUGUGUUAACUUCCUCCGCAAGUUGGCACAUACUGACAUCACAUCUGUCUACCGGCUUAGUGGGUUUGAAUCCAUCCAGCAUCUUCCAAACGAUCUGAGUGCGUCACAGCCAGAAGACUUCAAGAAGGCCACACAUAGUAGAGCCUGGGAGGAGCGCCAGGCUGUGGGCUCCAGACAUUCUAGUAGCUCUGUGGACUCCAAUCUGGAAGAGGAAUUCCUCUCAGUCGCUUCGGACAGCUAUCACCUGCCAGAGCCUGAUGACCUCGAUGACCCGGAACUGUUCAUGGACCUAAACACCGGUCAGGAUGAAGAGGAAGCUGAGAACUUUGCCCCCAUAUUGGCUUUUCUGGAUCAUGAGGGUUACACUGACCACUUUAAGAGCCUCUAUGAUUUCUCCUUUUCUUUCCUCACUUCUUCCUUUUACAGCUUCUCUGAGGAGGAUGAGCUGGUGGCCUACCUGGAGGCCUCGAGGAAGUGGGCCAAGAGGAACCACAUGACCUGGGCCCAUGCCCGUCUCUGCUUCCUCCUGGGCCGGCUGAGCAUCAGGAAGGUCAAACUCUCCCAGGCCAGGGUGUACUUUGAGGAGGCCAUCCACAUUCUCAGUGGAGCAUUUGGAGACUUAUCCCUAGUGGCUGCUCUGUACAUCAAUUUGGCUGCCAUCUAUCUGAAGCAGAGACUGAGGCAUAAAAGCUCAACCCUUCUAGAAAAGGCAGGUGCCCUGGUGGCCUGCCUGCCUGAUCGUGAGUCCAGUGCCAAGAAUGAGCUUGAUGUGGUGGCCUAUGUACUGCGCCAGGGGAUUGUGGAAGGCAGUAAACCCUUGGAGGCCAGAGCUUGCUUUCUGGCCAUCCGAUUGCUUCUGAGGCUAGGCCGGCAUGAAGAGGUCCUGCCCUUUGCUGAGCGUUUGCAGCAACUCUCUGGACACCUUCCUGCCUCAGAUACUAUGGCCACCAUCCUGAGUUUUCUGUAUGACAAGAAGUAUCUUCCAUAUCUUGCGGUGGCCUCUGUCCAGCAAUGUGGUAACCAGAGUGCCCAGUGGAUGUCUCUUCCUAUUUGGCAGGUCUACUUGGUCCUCCAGAAUACCACCAAGAUCCUUGGUACUUCCUUUUCAAGUGGAGGUGAAGUUUCUGCCCUGGCCUGCCCGACACUCAGGCGGGCGCUGGCUGCCUGUGAGGAACAGGCUGACCUGAGCACCCAGCGGGCCCUCUGUCUCAUCCUGUCCAAAAUGUACCUCCAACACAGGUCUCCCAAUGGUGCCAUCUACUAUCUGAGCCAGGCCUUGAUGUUAGGGCAGCUACUGGGUGAGCGGGAAGCUUUUGAGUCAUCCCUCUGUCUGGCAUGGGCUUAUCUCUUAGCCAGCCAGACGAAGAAGGCUUUGGAUAUACUUGAGCCACUGUUAUGCUCCUUGAAGGAGACAGAGUAUGUUGCCCAAAGUGGAGUGGUCCAUAACCUCCUGGGACUUGCACUGCAAGAUGAAGGUCAGAUGAGCAGGGCAGCCAAGAGCUAUCUCCAGGCCUUGAACAGAGCUCAGGAGAUGGAGAAUGUGCAUAACCAGGCAGUGACUAUGGCCAAUCUUGGUAACCUGACCCUCAAGGCUCAGCAGCCAGCUAGGGACUAUCUCCUGCAAGCUGUCCGGCUCUAUUCUGAACUCCAGGCCAGCAAGGAAACGGACAUAGAAUUGGUACAGGUGCUUCUCUGGUUGGCCCAACUUCUGGUGUCUGGACACCAGCUGACCCAUGCCCAGCUUUGUUAUGAAAUGGCACUGCUGUUUGGCUUAAGACAUCAACACAUAAAGAGUCAGCUUCAGGUCACCAGAUCCCUCUGCCACUUCUACAGCUCUGUAUCCCCAAAUCCUGAGGCAUGCAUCACCUACCAUGAACACUGGCUGGCUCUAGCUCAGCAACUCAGGGACCGGGAGAUGGAGGGGAGGCUACUGGAGUCCCUUGGGCAACUCUAUCGGAACCUAAACACAGCCAGGUGA